AUGUCCAUACAAGUUAGUGAACGCAACGCAAAAUCGCCGCAGUCACUAAUGGCCACCGCAAGUGGUAAUAGUCUUGCCGUGGUCCAGAGCAAUGGUGUGGACGCCAGCAAGCAGCAAAUCGCUACAAUUGUCACGGCAAAGACGCCAUUCUCCAUUGAACAUAUUUUGUGCCAAAAUUUGAACAACAACAACAACAGUAAUACUAGUGGCAAUAGCACCAACAGCAAUAAUAAUAGUAAUAAUAAUAAUAGUAAUAAUGUUGGCGUCAAAGUGAAAGCCGCCAUCGGAAAAUUUGCCAAAAAUAAUUGUGAUAAUGAAAAGUUGAAAUGUGCAUCGCAACAGCAGCAGCCGUCGCAGCAACAACAACAGCAGCAUCCAAAGCAUUCGCCCUUAAGCCCAUUAGAUGAGCAUGAGGAGUAUAUGCGGCUUGUGGCACAGCAGCGCUUCAAGCCAACCGAACGUCCUAAUUUCUCUUCCGCUUUAACCGCACCCUCUUCGAUCUCAUCAUCUUCGUCCGCUUCACUGCCAUCGCCAACGCUCCUGCAUGCAGCAGCCACACACGCACAUGCAAGCAAUAACAACAACGGAGCAACACUGGUUUCGACACAUCAAAUCACUUCACCCACAACAGCCAGCAGCUAUUUGACACAAUCCGCACAACAAGUGACAGUACCACCGCCACCACUACCACCACCUGCACCACAACAUCCGCAUCCAGCGUCGGUGUUGUAUCCAAGUGCGGCAUACAGUGACCAUGGCUUCUUACAAAUGACGCUGGGCUACUUGUCGCCCUCCUCGGGUGCCUACAAAUCAGUGGACCCUUAUUUUCUGUCGCAGGCAAGCCUCUUUGGUGGUGGGCACCUUUUUGGUGGCGCCGGCUGUGUGCCCGAAUUGGCUUUGGGCUUGGGUAUGGGUGUGAAUGCAUUGCGGCAUUGCCGACGGCGUAAAGCGCGUACUGUCUUUAGCGAUCCACAACUGUCGGGGCUGGAGAAACGUUUCGAGGCACAAAGGUAUCUAUCCACACCAGAACGUGUCGAGCUGGCUACCGCAUUGGGUUUAAGUGAGACACAGGUGAAGACGUGGUUUCAGAAUCGGCGAAUGAAGCAUAAGAAACAGAUGAGACGACGGGACCACACAAAUGAACCAGUUGACUUUUCACGUUCAGAUGGCAGCGCGAGUGGCAGCAGCAGUAGUCACAGUGCAAAAAGCUGCAAUAAUACUUCGAUAUCAUCUCACGCCAAUAAUACCACCAGCACCAGCGGCAACAACAACAACAAUCAGAAUAGCAAUACGAAUAGAAGUAAUAAUGGAGGGGAAAAUACAAAUGGCAGUGAAAAAAGUUUCGCUGCGCAGGCUUAUGCGCGCGAACAACAACAGCAACAGCAGCACGCCACUCAUCAACAACAUACACUUCCCCUCCCCCAUCCGCACGCACAUCAAACACAUUUACAAUUACGUGGCAGUAACAGCGGGAGCAAUGGCGACCAUCAUCCUUCAUUGAUGCAUGGAAAUCUGGCUGUAGCGCCCCAUCAACAGCAUUUGCAAAUGUUGCGCAACAUUUCGGGUGGCAAUUUGGAUAAUGCCGUGGGCUUUCUGCAACAUGACUACUCCACGGACGAUUACUCGGAUGUUGAUGACGAUGAGGAGGAUGACGAUGAGAGCAGUGAUGUUGAUAUUGUGGGCGAUACGAAACUCUAUCACUUGACAUAGUGCAUAAAAAGCUAUCAUGUGGAUGAUCAUCUGAAAUAAUCGUUUUUGCGAAAGAUAUGUGCUUCUGCACAACAAUAUGUACUUCUAAGGGUACAUAUAUAAUAGUAUAAUGUAUUUUAAAUAGGGAGAUUAUAAA